AUGGAAUUCAUAACCGAACCAGGCAAACAGCAUCACCCAGACUGCUCCACCCUCAUUCUGCCGGCAUUGUCAAUUGGGAACGUCGGACAGUUAGCGGUGGAUCUCCUGGUGUCGUCCACCGGAGCUGAGAGAAUUGGGUAUUUGGAUGAUCCCUACACCCUUCCUUGUGUGGGUAAUGAUGCUUAUGGCCCCAUUCCUUCCGGGGACCUUGCCCUCCCUCUCGAAGCUUAUCAAUCACCUGCCAAUGCGAUGACUCUAGUGCAGCAGCGAUCCCCGGUUGUUAAGGGAAUGAUGGUUGAAUAUGCCAAGAACUUGGCUGAGUUUGCUGCUGCUAGUGGGAAGAAGCAUGUGGUUAUUCUUUCUAGCUUAGAGUUUUCAAGAUGGCAAAAGAUCGAUAUGUCAAGUGGUUUGCAGAUAUACUACCUCUCUAGCUCAAAUACAGAUGGAACAGAUGAUUUCUGUGCAAAACUUGGGUGGCGAAGGCUGCAGGAUUAUGAUCCUACACAGAGAACUUGGAAUUACCUCAGCAGCUUAGCUCAAGGCAGCACCAUGCAUGAAAGCACCUUGCCUUUUGAAGAUGAACCAGAAGAAGAAGAUUAUUGCGCGAGUCUACCUUUUGCGGCUCUUUUUUCCUGUUUGAAGGCGAAAGGUUUGAAAGUCACAUGCAUAUUGUGUUACUGUUCUGAGGGAGACAACAUGGCCGAUUCUUUCGAGUUAGCUGAGGCAGCAUCCAAGCUCCUGCAACUAAAACCUGAUAAUUUCAUCGGGGGUGAUGAUGGCAAGUGGUGCAUCCCGUUUUCGUGGAAGACUGUGUACGGACCACCUCCAGAUUUGUCAAUGUUUUAG